AUGAUAACAAUAUCCUUCAAUAGAUAUAUCAUCUUACUGAUCCUUAUACAUCAUACUUGCACAAAACCACAUUUAGAAACCGUGAGUCGAAGAGAUACAGAACAUUUUGCUGAUGAUCCAAAUCGACAUGAUAUAGAAUUUGAUCAUAAUGCAUUUCUAGGUGAAGAGACUGCUAAAGAAUUUUCACAACUUACACCGAAUGAAAGUGAAGAACAAUUAAAGAUUAUUAUACGAAAAAUUGAUAAAGAUAAUGAUGAAAGAAUAACUGAAUUGGAAUUAAAAUCUUGGAUUGAAUAUGUAGCUAAAAAAUCUAAACAAAAUAGUACUGAUCGUCAAUGGAAUGAUAUAAAUCCAACUAAUCAACCUGUUAUUAAAUGGACAGAAUAUCUAAUGAGGACAUAUGGACCAGAAGAAGAACGAUUAAAAGAUACAGCUACAUCUGAAUCAUAUAAAAAAGCUGUUCAACAUGAUCGGCGACGAUGGAUUGCUGCUGAUUUAGAUGAAGAUGAUAGUUUAAAUAAGACUGAGUUCACUGAUUUUGUACAUCCUGAAGACAGGCCAAAUAUGAGAGAUGCUGUUAUUGAUGAGUUACUGGAAUAUGUGGAUAAGGACAAUGAUGGAUAUGUAUCUGAAAAAGAAUAUUUAGUUGAUUUAGCACGUGCUUACCAAAGUACACCAUUCGAUGAAAAUGAACCUGAACCAGAAUGGGUUGAACGUGAACGAAGUCAAUUUCGUCGAUUCAGAGAUACAAAUCAAGAUGGUAGAAUGGAUAGAGCAGAAGUUGGUGAAUGGAUAAUGCCAUCGAAUUAUGAUCCAAUAGACGCAGAAACAAAACAUUUGUUUUAUCAUGCUGAUACUAAUAAGGAUGGAUUAUUAACAGAAGCAGAAAUCAUUGCCAAACGAGAUACUUUUGUCAGUAGCCAAGCCACAAAUUAUGGAAAUGCUCUUAAACAACAUGAAGAGCUUUAA